AUGGGCUCUUCAAACGAUAGAGUGGGCAUUCUUAAGGGCGACGCACUCAAAGUGCUUCCUGAUCUGGAUCUUGAUAGCAGUGAUCGCAAUGUCGACGAGUCUAAGGUACCAUUGACAAGAUCUAACGUAUAUGCUGAUAGUCCACGUGAAACUCACCUGAGCGAAGGCAUCACCGAAACGGAAAUUGUGCUUCGCCAACGUGUAGGCAUCGCGUUUGUGCUGGUACUUGUUCUUGCUAGCGCAAUUUGCGUCAUGCUCUUGAGUAUCCUUGGGCACGAAGAAAAUUACGGCUCAACGCCAGCUAUUCAGCACCAUUUUAUUGCUGCAACUUCAGCCGAUGGUUUCAAAAAGAAUCUUGAGCUAUAUACAAAUACUGUCCGGCAUACUGGUAGUAGCGGUGACUAUGAGAUGGCAAAUUUUAUACGCUCGAGUGCCAUCGAUUUUGGGUUUGAAGAAAGUCACUCAAAGAUUGACGAGUUCGAAAUGCUUGUCAAUGUACCAGAGACUUUGACUCUUGACAUUGUUCAAAUGCCAAACAACAAAUCAUUGGCAUCUUACGAUUUCAUUGCUGAGCACGCAGCUCGACUAGCCAAGCAGGCAAAAGGCAAAAAUGUGACGAAACCUUACGCAUCGUUUCACUUGUACUCAAAGAAUGGCACGGUUUCUGGACCAGUUGUAUAUGCUCAUUUUGGAUCAUCGGACGAUUAUAAAGCUUUAGCAUCAAACAAUGUGGUUGUGGUUGGUAAAAUUGUUUUGGUUCGCAUGGGUGGCGAUGUCUCGCUAGCUGCUAAAGUGAUAAUCGCCUCUAAAUUUGGAGCUGUCGGCGUGCUCACCUACACUGACCCUGCUGACGAUGGAUCUGGUCGAGGACCUACAGCACCUGACGGACCAUGGCGACCCAGCUCUACGACAAGUUUCGGAAGCGUUUACAUGGGAGACGGAGAUCCAACAAUGCCUGAAAGCUUCUCGGGAGAUCGUCUUUCGGUUGAUGACGUUUACUCGAUUAACAAUACUUUCAAUAUCCUUCCGCCAAUCGUUAGUAUGCCCAUUAGCGCCGUGGUUGCACAAGAUUUGCUUUCUAAGAUUGAAAGCGCUUCGAAUGAAGUAGAUACGAUCAGCGCCGCGGACGUCUUUAGAUCUCGAUGGGAGGGUGGGGGUCUUGGUGUAGAAUAUAAACUUCCUGUAGGCGUUGACUUUGUGGGAGUCGUUGUUAAGAUGACAAAUCAUAAUGUCUACUCAUUAAUCACGACGUGGAACGUGGUCAUCACUGUACAUGGCUCUCGUGAAUCAGACCGCAUCGUUCUGGUCGGUGCUCCACGUGACUCACUUAAUGCAGGUGCUGUCAGUCCAGGCUCUGGGAACGCUGUGUUUCUUGAAAUUAUCCGAGCUUUGGGAUUACUCUUGUCUAAUGGAUGGACCCCUUAUCGGACGCUAGUUCUUGCUUCAUUUGGUGGUGAGCAAUUUGGAUCUGUUGGAAGCUCGCACUGGAUUGACCGCUUUUCAGCAUUUGAAAAUGCCAACUCGGGACGUGGCGUGGUGUAUCUGCAUCUCGACGAUGUGGUCCGUGGCGCUGGCGCACUUCGCUGCAAAGCCAGUGCAACGAUUCGAAAGAAUAUAUACCUCAUGACUGCGGCCGUUGCGCAACCCAAAGAGCAAAGUUAUCCUGCUGUCAAUACUUUUUACUUCGCUAAUGCUUCCAACUCUUCAACUUCAGCUGUUGUUACCGGAAGCGCAAGCAAAGACGAAGACGACCUUGAUAUUUUGCCCAUCAAUGCGACAUUCUCAAGCACCAAGCUUCCUGAAGGCAAAAGUAACUCUGUCUUUGCUUACUGGCUUGAAGAGGCAAACAAGAAAAUGUCAAAUGGCAUUGAGUUUGAGUUACCACCUAUGGACCGUAAUUUGGGCGGGCGUAUCUCGCCAUUUCUCGGACGGCUAGGUAUUCCGUCGCUUGAGCUUGGCUUUGAUGGCGGCUACUAUGGCGUGAAAGACACAAGUGCCGACAUUUCCGCGUGGAUUUCUCAUUUCGCUGAUCCACAGUUUACUUUUCAUCGUGCAGCAGCUGAGCUCUAUGGUAGUAUUCUCUUGUCUUUCACAGAUGCUCAAUUCCUGCAGUACGACUUUACUGAAUUAUCGCGCGAACUUCGCCGCGGUCAGGCUCUUUUGGAGGAAGCACUUGAUCGCGCAGAUCUCACGCAUGUCGUGUCUGUCAAACGGCUGCACGACGCUACAUCUGCAUUUGAAGCGGCUGCUGUGAGCGUCAGUCGCGAAAUGAACGUGAUUUCUGAUCAAGAACUCGAGUUCAGUCGCGUUAGGGAAGUCAACAACCGUUUAUUGCGUGCUCAGCGUGCGUUAUUACUUCCUUCAGGUCUUAUGUAUAUGCCUUGGAUCAAGAAUGUAAGUCUUCGAAUUCGUCGCUAA